AUGGCUAUUUUAAAAUUGAUUGCUGGGCUUAAUUUUAUUGGUGCGGUACUAAGUUCUUCGCUAGAGCUUCAUCAUCACAUGACACCAGAAGAGAGGCAGCAAGUUUUCUACACCGAUGGAACUGACGUUCCUCCGUAUGAAGUUGUGACAAUUCACUCGUCUAAAGUAGAAAAGCGUGAUGUUAAUGCGGGACAUGUUUUUGAAGUGAAUGCUUACGGUGAAAAUGUAAAAGCUUGGAUUACGCUAACUGAGGGAAUUUUCGCUGGUGUAAAUACUCCUAUUUGUGGAGUGAGAAGUCGAAGAGAUGGAAGAAUUGAUAUUUAUAAAUAUCCGAAUAAAAUGAAGGAAAUAGAAGCUACUGUAUUCAAGAACACUAAUCAAGGAAUUACUAUGACUGUCAAUUACCGUUCUGAUGGAACUAGAAUGAUGAAUGGUAUAGUCGGCAGCAAAAAUUGGUACGUGAAACCAGUACCCGAACGUCUGACCAAUUCGAUAAGUCGAUACCGAAGAUCUGUUGACAACAUUAACUCUGAUUACGACGACAAAUCCUACCAUAUUGUUUACCAAAUUCCUAUGACUGCGAACAAUUCAACUCUGAUGGCUCCGCUAACUCAGUCAAAAAAAUCAAAACGUGCUAUUAGGAUUCCUCCUGUAAUUUAUCCGGAAGUGCUUGUCAUUCUUGAUUGGGGUUUGUACCGGCAGCUCGGAGGAACUAUUGAGAGCGCUGUGCCAUAUGUUCUAAGCUUUUGGAACGGAGUUGAUUUGAAGUACCGUGGGCUUCGGAAUCCUCGGUAUCGAUUGAACAUUGCAGCUAUCUUCCUCUCUGAGGAUCCAAAUGCUCUUUCGUUCAUUCAAAACAGUAUAAGUUACGGACCAACAAGUUUGGACAGCCAAUUAGUGAUUCAGCACAGCGCGAGAUGGUUGUUCGAUCAUCAAAAGAUCGUCCCGUUGAACGAAUACGACGUUGCUGUUAUAUUGACAAAUCGGCGAAUAUUUACAAACAAAAACGGACGACCAAGUUAUGGAUUAGGACGCGCUUGGAUCAGCGGAGCUUGUAGUACUAAUGAUCAAUAUGGCGUACAUAGGAGCGCGGUGGUACACGAUGAAGGCACUUUUGGAGGUAUUCAUGCUGCAGCUCACGAACUAGGACACUUGUUUGGAGCCAAUCACGAUGGAAUAGAACAUCCAGACUGCCCAACACACGUCGGUACCAUAAUGGCUGACCAUCCAAUUUUGAACACCGAGUACUCUUACUCGUGGUCUUGGUGCAGCCAAAAUGACUUGUCUAGAUUCUUAAAUUACUACAAUCCAACGUGCCUUUAUAACGUACCCAAUCCGGGAACACCAGUUCCAAGGUUGCUGCCUGGAAAAAUGAUGAACGCGCAUCAACAGUGCUCAAUGAUAAACAGAAACACCCAAGCGUACAUCACUACAGACAUAUGCAAAAAAUUGGUCUGCUAUGAUGCAGCUCGACGAGUAUGGUAUAAUAAUGUCGAUUGGUCAGCUGCUGAUGGGACUUAUUGCGCUCCGGGAAGAAUGUGUCUUUACGGGAAAUGUGUUAGUGAAAACUAA